AUGGUCGUUUUCGAAGUCCACACAUCGGCCCUGUUCGAUCCAAAGACCAAAUGUGUGCGUAAGAAUGUCGCAAUCACCGUCGACAGCCAGAGUGGCCUCAUCGUCGGCGUGCGUGAGCGCACAGAUGAGGAAGAAAAAGGUUUGCAAGUCAAUCUCGAUGAUGUUGAUUUGCGAGGCAAGUUUGUUAUGCCUGGCCUGGUAGAUGCUCAUACUCAUGUCUUCCUGCAUUCUUAUGACGAGACCGAUGCCCUUCGACAAAAGCGUGAUGAAAGUAUGACGGAGCGCAUCGUACGCGCCGUCAACCACUGCCAUACAGCACUCAUGGCCGGAUACACCACAUACCGAGAUCUGGGAUCCGAGGGCAUGCAGGAGUGUGACGCCAACUUGCGAGAUGCCAUCGCAAGGGGCCUUACGUCGGGCCCACGCCUCUUUGUAGCCACCAAGGUUCUCGCCAGCACUGGCUCAUUCGAGGCGCGUACCGAGAACAACUUGGGUGGACACUGCCUACCUGCGCAGGCCGACGCUGUAGACGGACCAGAGGAAUGUCGGAAAGCAGUCCGACGGCGUAUCGCAGCCGGUGCAGACAUCAUCAAAUUCUUCGCCGACUACAGACGGCGCAUCAUGCGAUCACCCCCCGCACAACAGCAUCCAUACAAGCCCAGUGUGCUGCAUCCGCCCAAGGAGCCGAACGCAGAUUACAUGGUAUUCUCGCAGGAGGAAAUGGAUAUGAUCGUGCGCGAGGCUAACCUGGCGAACUGUCCUGCAGUGGCGCACUGCUGUACGCUCGAGGGAGCAAUGGGCGCCGUUGAGGCGGGAGUCACUUCGAUCGAACACGGCUACUUUGCCACCGACGAGCUGUUUCAGCGCAUGGUGGCCAAAAAUGUGAUAUUCGUGCCUACAUUGGCCAUUGCCGAGAAAUUGCACGCAAAGCGCUUCCACAGCCACAUCCUGCCCCAGGCCAAAAGGGCGCAUGAGCUCGGUGUGCGUUUGGCCUGUGGUGGUGAUACGGGCACGUAUCCGCACGGCGACAAUGUACGCGAGCUAGAAUUAAUGAUUGAGGCGGGUGUUCCUGUCGCCGAUGUUCUCGAGUCUUGCACCAUGGGUGGCUGGGAGGCAUGUGGUGGUGACCUGUCGGGUCGACGCUUUGGCUGGUUCGAGGAAGGCUGUCAGGCUGAUAUUGUCGCCCUUGAUGAGGAUCCGCACGUCUCGGCGACGGCCCUUAGAAACGUCAACUUCGUCAUGAGGGAUGGAACCAUUUUUAAAUUGAACAACAAGCCGUGGAGGAUAUGA